AUGUCUCAGAGCGAUGCUGAGCGCAUCCAAAGCAGCCAGGCCAAGGGCGGCGGCUAUAUGGGUUCAGGUGGCUUUGCCGCCAAAGCCCAAUCUGCGGCUGCCAAAAACGCGAAUGCUAGCUCUGGACAGGGCACAGUGACACAGGGAAGUAACGACAGCGGAGGCACUGGCAAGAAGUAG